UGUAUGUUGUAUGACAUCGUAGAAACGAUUUGUGACGGUCGGAUUAUUUCGGGGAGUAAUUUGACGCUCUGUGCAUAUAUCUGUUGCUACAAAAUUUGGUUUCAAUAGGACUGUUGAAUUCGUUCAUUUGCUAAAGAUUAUUUUUAAUUGUCGGUUCUGUACCAUUGCCAUUUUUUUGUACAGAAUGAGAUCAGACAAAAUGUAAUAUUUUUUAAUAAAGUUAUAAAUAACUAAUAACAGUAUGCUAGUUUGCAUUUGAGAAAGUGAAUCACUGAAGUUCUGAAAAUUUGUUUAAAAGAGUACAUCUGAGUGGCCCUGGAAGGUGUGGGCUGACAUGCAUCGGUUUAUUGCAUUAUGUUUUAUUCUGUAUCACAAUAACUAAGAAUCGUAAAAGCAAAUAGAGGAAGUGGUUUAAAUCUCAAUACAGUGGUGUGCGCUUAUCUCACUUUUGUUAAUUGUAGUAAGUGUAGUCGAAGUGUGUACAUUUAAAGUUAUAAUACAAGUUAAAAAGGAUGUAAUAAUUGAUUUCGUGUUGUAAAAACAAGUAUAAUAGAAUGAAAAAUUAAAUUGAUAGCGAGAUAGUGUAAUUAAAAUAAACAUUCUGGACUAUAGUGUAUACAACGCAUCGUUUUGAAAUUCGUUUUAUGUUAUGAAUCAUGCGGGUUAUAAUUUUGUUCCUUCUGGCAUUCAUGCUACAUUACGUAACCUCUAUAGGAAGCAUCAAUACCCAAAAUAGCCAAAUUAGAAGUAUCGUUAGAAUUAAUGAUAAUAGACACAUCAGCACAGAUAUUUUAUAUCCUCGCUCCUUACUAAAUGCUGCACAUAUUCACAAUACAGAACUUUUGAGCGAUGAAGAAGAGAUUGUCCAGAAUAGCGACGGUAUAAUCGACGGCUUCACAUCUGCUAGCUUGAAAACUGCGCUUACAGACAGCAAUAGCGGAAGUUCUCCAGCUUCUUCUGCCUCAACACAGUUCGGCGGUGGAGAUGACAGUGGGAAAGGUGGUACUGUAGAUGUCAAAAACUAUAGCAACAUAAUAACCAAUGUUAUUCACUUCGAUACACCGUUGAAUCAUUUGGUUGUCGACACAUUCACCGGACGAGUAUUUGUGGGUGGUGUCAAUUAUUUAUAUCAACUUUCACCAGAGUUGGAAUUACACGAAACAGUAAAAACCGGUCCAAAAAAUGACUCGGUCGAGUGCACGGUCCUAGAUUGCCCGGCGCAUGCCGUACGCAAGCCUACAGAUAAUUAUAACAAAGUGUUGCUGAUCGAUCGUGCGACCUCACGCCUAAUUGCGUGUGGAUCUUUAUUUCAAGGAACGUGCACAGUACGUAAUUUACAAAAUGUCAGCAUUGUGGAGCAGGAUGUGCCCGAUGCAGUUGUGGCGAAUGAUGCAAACUCUUCCACUGUGGCAUUCAUAGCGCCAGGCCCACCGCAACCGUCGAUCACCAAUGUCAUGUAUGUCGGUGUCACAUACACAAAUAACUCGCCAUAUCGAAGUGAAAUACCGGCUGUAGCAUCACGCUCACUGGAGAAGACUAAAAUGUUUCAAAUAGCGUCAUCAGCAGUGACAACGGGCACAAGAACCUUUAUAAAUUCGUAUGCCAGGGAGGGCUAUUUAAUUAAUUACGUUUAUGGAUUUAGUUCGGAACGAUUUUCAUACUUUUUAACGACACAAUUGAAACACAAUUAUCACUCUUCGCCCAAAGAGUAUAUAACAAAAAUUGUACGCAUUUGCCAGGAAGACUCGAACUAUUAUUCAUAUACAGAGAUCCCAAUUGACUGUAUAACGGGUGGUACUAAGUAUAAUCUCGUGCAGGCCGGCUACUUGGGUAAGCCUAGUAUGGAUCUAGCCGCUAGUCUGGGUAUAACAGUACAAGAUGACGUGCUGUUCGGUGUAUUUAGUGUUGGCGAUGGAAAUGUAUCUACUGAUAAUUCAGCUUUGUGCAUUUACUCUUUAAAAUCGAUUCGGCGGAAAUUUAUGCAGAACAUUAAAUCUUGCUUUAACGGCGUUGGGUCACGCGGCCUGGACUUUAUAUCACCAAAUAUGUUGUGCGUACCAACUAAAUUACAAACGAUUGGCGAGGAUUUCUGUGGACUUGACGUGAACUCGCCAUUAGGAGGCGAACAACCCAUCGCCGUAAUACCAGUUGCAAAGUUUGAUACUCGGCUCACAUCAGUUGCGGCUACAAGCACUAGUGGUUACACGGUGGUAUUCAUUGGCACAGCAAAUGGACAUUUGAAAAAAGUAGUCGUUGAAUCGGUGGACUCGGCGAAUGAGUACGCGGACAUACCAAUUAAAGUCGGCUCUCCUAUCAAUAACGAUAUGCACUUUGAUAGCCGAAAUCUUUUCAUAUAUGUAAUGUCGCAAAAUGAAGUGGCCAAAGUAAAGGUUUAUGAUUGCUCCGACUACCGUACGUGUGGCGAGUGUUUGGGUGCACGCGAUCCUUAUUGCGGAUGGUGUUCGCUGGAAAACAAGUGUAGUCCACGUGCUAGUUGUCAAGAUGAUGCAAACGAUCCAUUAUACUGGGUUAGUUACAAAACAGGCAAAUGCACUACAAUUACUAGUGUUGUGCCUCAUCAACUGCAGCGUACUACAGCAAGAACUUUAGAAUUGAUUAUCGAUCACUUGCCACAAUUGAAGGAGAACCUUGUAUGCGCAUUUACCACUGAAGAAAAGGCACUCUUCACUAAUGCUACAAAGAAGCGCAAUGGUGUGAAUUGUACAACGCCACGUACAGAUAUGCUGCCACAAAUAGAACAAGGAAAACACCAUUUUACCGCCAAAUUAUCCGUACGCACUAAGGAUGGCCCAGAUCUGGUCUCCACAGAUUUUACAUUCUUUGAUUGUAGCACACAUUCAUCAUGUACGCGCUGUGUAUCUUCGGAAUUUCCUUGUGAUUGGUGUGUGGAAGCGCAUCGUUGUACGCAUGAUACUGCUGAGAAUUGUCGCAAUGACAUACUCGUUACUGGUGUGAGCCGCAUCGGGCCUAGCUACCGCUCAGGUCCUGGAUUUUGUCCAACUAUAAAUGCCACUGGGGAAGGUAGUGAGAUGCUUGUAGCUGCUGGCACUAGUAAAUCCAUAAAAGUGAAAGUGCAUAUAAUCGGGCAGUUCAUAGUGCAAACACGUUUUGUAUGCCAAUUCAACAUCGAAGGGCGUGUGACUAGUUUAAACGCACAACUAUUGGGCGAUACUAUAUACUGUGACAAUAUGGAGUUUCAAUACACUUCACGCUCGCCCAAUUUAACUGCAACUUUUGCAGUUAUUUGGGGUGGCUCCAAACCUCUUGAUAACCCACAUGAUAUUCAUGUUGUAAUAUACAGAUGUCGUGAUAUGGCUGAUAGCUGUGGCAUGUGUUUGGCUUUAUCAGAAAAAUAUAAUUGUGGUUGGUGUUCAUCGACAAACACUUGUGAAGUAGAAGAACAAUGUAAUAAGAAUAAUGAGGGGAAAACCGAUUGGUUGAAUCGCAUGGAAACUUGUCCCAACCCUGAAAUUCAUUUGUUCUACCCAAAAACUGGUCCUUGGGAAGGCGGCACUAACAUUACUAUACGCGGCAUCAAUUUAGGCAAGAAUUUCUCCGACAUAUAUUCGGGCGUACGCAUAGCUGGCAUAAGCUGCAUGCCUUUCCAAGAGUACUAUGUUGAUACGAAGGAAAUUGUUUGCAACGUGGAUAGUCCCGGGGUGCAACUAUAUCGUAGUGGUCGCAUUGUUGUACAAAUCGGAGAUUACAGAGGUGAAUCAAAAGAAGAUUAUGAAUUUGUUGAUCCGAAAAUUACAAAUUUUUCGCCACAAUAUGGUCCAGUUUCUGGUGGUACACAUUUACGUAUAGUGGGGAAAUACUUGAAUGCCGGAUCUCGUAUACAAGCAUUCAUAAACGAGCAUCUGCGUUGCGAGAUAAUAAGCGUAGAUGUUACGGAAGCAAUAUGUCGCACUGCACCGUCGCCGGGUAUCAUAGAGGGUCGUCUGAAAAUGUUAUUUGACAAUGGACCACGUGAGUUUAACGAAUAUAACUUUAAGUACGUGCUAGAUCCCACUAUCGAGCAGGUGUCAUCAGGCCCUAGUAGCCAACUAAAAGUACCACGCGGCAUACCAGCCGGAGGCAUUGAAAUUGCCGUAACCGGCACGCAGUUUAACUAUAUACAAAGUCCAAGAAUGUACGUAAAUUAUAAGAGUAAAAUAUUUUAUAGUCAAUGUAAGGUGCGUUCGGCAACGGAGAUGCUUUGCUAUUCGCCUGUAAUUGAAACUGACAAUGAGGUAUUCGAUGCAGAUAACCCGGAACUACUAGAUUAUGGCUUUAUUAUGGACAAUGUAUUGCGUGUACAAAAUCUUUCCAGUAAGCAUAAUAAUCAUUUUGAGCUUUACCCAAAUCCUCUAUAUUACAACUUCGAAGAGGAUAUCAAAUAUUAUAAAAGCGAAUACUUAACAAUUAAUGGGCGAAAUUUGGAUCGCGCUUGCAAGGAAACCGACGUUGUAGUGCGCAUUGGCAAAGGCAUUUGUAACAUAACAUCUUUGUCACGUCAACAAUUGACAUGCCGUCCACCACCAGAAGUAGCCACAGAAUCAAGCAACGAAUCGGGUCCGGAAGUAAUUGUGCGCAUAGGACACACUCUGGAAUAUCGUAUUGGUGUUUUAAGCUAUGCAUCGCCAAAUAUAAUGCAUGAUUUAAGCAAGAAUGUUCAGCUAGGCAUUGGCGCAGGUACAGUGGUGAUUCUACUGAUCUUUGUUGCAUUUCUUGUAGCGUAUAAAAAGAAGACUUCGGAAUCCAAUCGCGUAUUGCGCAACAUGCAAGAACAAAUGGAUAUAUUAGAGCUACGUGUUGCGGCCGAAUGUAAAGAAGCUUUUGCUGAGCUUCAAACUGAAAUGACAGAUCUAACCGGUGAUCUUACAUCUGGUGGUAUACCCUUUCUGGAUUAUCGUACAUAUGCAAUGAAAAUCCUGUUUCCCAAUCACGAAGAUCAUAUUGUGUUACAAUGGGAGCGUCCGGAAUUACUGCGUAAAGAAAAGGGCUUACGUCUUUUCGGCCAACUCAUAAUGAAUAAAACAUUUUUAUUGCUUUUUAUACGUACACUCGAAUCGAAUCGUUACUUUUCUAUGCGUGAGCGUGUUAACGUCGCUUCUCUCAUUAUGGUAACACUGCAAUCGAAAUUGGAAUAUUGCACCGAUAUACUGAAAACCUUACUUGGCGAUUUAAUUGAAAAAUGCAUUGAAGGUAAGAGUCAUCCAAAACUGCUGCUUCGUCGCACCGAAAGUGUAGCGGAAAAAAUGCUUAGCGCGUGGUUCACCUUCUUGCUGUACAAGUUUUUGAAAGAAUGCGCUGGCGAACCACUGUAUAUGCUGUUUAGAGCAGUCAAGGGGCAAGUAGACAAAGGACCAGUUGACGCGUGCACACACGAGGCACGCUAUUCUUUAAGUGAAGAAAAACUUAUACGUCAACUUAUCGAUUUUCGCCCAAUGACCGUAUACGCUAGUAUUAUACAGCAGCCAAUAUUCUGCAAUAGUAUUGAUAUGAUGCCAACGCAUACCGAAAAUGUACCAGUGAAGGUACUAGACUGUGAUACAAUUGGACAAGUUAAGGAAAAGUGCUUGGACACAAUAUAUCGUAACAUUCCCUGGAGUCAGCGACCGCGUAGGGAUGACUUAGACUUAGAAUGGCGUACGGGAGCUUGUGGUCGUGUGAUUUUAUAUGAUGAAGAUACUACUUCCAAAACCGAGAGUGAAUGGAAGAAACUCAAUACACUACAACACUAUAAUGUUCCUGACGGGGCCGGUCUGAGCUUAGUACCCAAACAAAGUUCGAACUAUAACUUUUCAAUACUUUCGGACAAAAAUGAAAAGUGUCACAAAUAUGAAACAUUGAAUUUAUCGAAAUAUACAUCUUCCUCACCAACGUUUAGCCGUGCUGGUAGCCCACUAAAUAAUGACUUACAUGAGAAUGGUAUCAAAUUUUGGCAUUUGGUCAAACACCACGAUAGCGAUAUACAAAAGGAAGGCGAACGUGUCAAUAAGCUAGUGUCCGAGAUAUAUUUGACACGUCUGUUAGCAACUAAAGGCACAUUGCAGAAGUUUGUAGAUGAUCUGUUUGAAACCAUAUUUAGUACAGCUCAUCGCGGCUCCGCGUUACCAUUAGCAAUCAAAUAUAUGUUCGACUUUUUGGAUGAUCAAGCAAUAUUACAUGGCAUUACAGAUCACGAAGUUGUGCACACCUGGAAGAGCAAUAGUUUGCCUUUAAGGUUUUGGGUUAAUUUGAUUAAAAAUCCGAAUUUUGUUUUCGAUAUUCAUAAGUCAAACAUAGUUGACUCCUGCUUAUCAGUAGUAGCGCAGACGUUUAUGGACUCGUGCUCAACAUCAGAUCACCGCUUGGGUAAGGAUUCACCGAGUUCCAAAUUGUUAUACGCAAAAGAUAUACCGGAGUAUCGCAAAUGGGUUGAAAGAUAUUAUCGUGAUAUAAGAGAAAUGCCAUCGAUAUCCGAUCAAGACAUGAAUGCUAUGUUAGCCGAAGAAUCGAGAUUACAUACUACGGAGUUCAAUACAAAUUGUGCCCUCCACGAGCUAUAUACUUAUGCUGUAAAAUACAAUGAACAAUUAACGGUAACUUUAGAAGAAGAUGAAUUUUCACAGAAACAGCGACUUGCCUUUAAAUUGGAGCAAGUGCAUAAUAUGAUGUCAGGAGAGUAAAUAUCUGGCCUUUUAGUAACUUAUUUUAUAUGCGUUAUAAUUUUGCUAGUGUCUCAAUUCUAUCGAAAAGAAUAUAUACAUAUAUAUAAAUUUAGUAUGGGUCAAAGAAGAAUGCAGCAUAAAAUGAAGACACACUUACCAACUCUUUGCUAAACUUUUGCUGUAUUCAGUAGCACAACGACAACCAAUUAUAUAUACUAAACAUACUAAACGAGCAAUAACUUGAAACUGCCGGUGCAAACAUUGUAGUUUACAAUGGACCGACACUGUAAUUGUGCCAGCAUGCUUAUUGACAGUUUGACAUAAAAAACAAAGCAGCAUUUCAGUUUUAUUUGUAUGCUGCACAAUAUGUAAGGGCUUUCCAGAACUUUUGAUGAAAGUAGUCUCCUGCAUUUUGAUGUACAUAUGCUAUGGUAUGAAUUUUUAAUUAUCAGCAACAUUACGUUGAUUUCAAAAUUAUUAUUAUUAUUUCUUUUAUUUCGUCACGAACAAAUCUAGUACUAAAUGAUAUUUUUAAAUCUCUAUUAAAAGCGCAUGGCCAUCAACAAAAAAAAUAUUUUUUUUUAUUAUUUAUCUAAAAGCCAUUGAUCAUUCAUGGAACUAAUAUAAGAGAAAUAACAUAAACACAGUGUAAAAGUAAAUAUUAAACGGGGAAAAAUAAGUAAUUUGCUGAAACUCGCAAAUAUUAAAGAUUCUCACUAGUGAUGCUGUUUAAGUAUUUCGAUAGUAUAUUUAGAAUUUUCCAUCCCUUUGCCCAUCCGUUGUAGAUGGUUGCAUAAUCACGAACACAGAAAUUAAUAUAGCAGAUAUAAGCUCAUAUAAACAUAAAUAAGCGUAAAAACACAAAAACGACUGAUUUUUAUAUAAAAUAUAAAGUAAAAUAAAUGUUUAUAUUAUACAAAUCAUUUAGCUUAACAGUAUUUAGGUAAAAAUAAAACUAAAACAUCCAGGAACUAUAACAAAAUAUAUAAGAGCUCGUUUUUAUUUAUUUUACAUCUUUUUGUUUAUUGUACUGCUACGGGUUUAAGAAAUGUGUUAUGUUAUACUUGUAGUAAUAACUGUCUGUAAUAAUUUAUAUAAAAAAUUGUAAAUGUGUAAUGAAUGUAUGUCGUAAGCGUAACAAUAAGAAACUAUACAUAUAGAAUAUCGAUUUGCUCCAAACAUUUAACAUAAGCUGACAGUUGCUUUGUAAAAAAAUUGAAGUGACAGGGUGGGAGGUUCAUUUAUAUAUGCAAAGGAAUAGGCUAUUUUAGUGUACAUAACUAUGCUUGGAUGACUGCGUAUAUAUUAUAUAUGUAUCAAGGAAUUUCCAUUUAUAACGACGCAAAGCUACAAUGGAUAAACGAAUUUUGUAAGGCUCUUGUAAUAUAGUAGGUAUGUAGCAACCUUGUACACUUUAACUUUCGACAAUUUUGCAAAAUUUUGCCAUUAAUGAUUAGCAAACGAAACGUUGUGUUGCUUUUCGAAUUUCGAUAAUUUUGAUAAUUGUCUAAAAAUAACCUGAAACUAUUAAACUUUAGCAACUACUGCAGAAAAUAAUUGAAAAUUGUGAAAACAUUUAAGUAGAUUUCCAUAAAAUUAUACGUAAAACUGCAGCAGGUUUUUGCCACACAAAUCUUUUACUAAUAUACAUAUUUCCAGCGUAAUUUGCAGUUUUGCGCAUUUGUUUGUGACAAGUCGUCAGUCAUGUUUACUAUAAAAUUUGCGCUACAUAUCACCAUACAACCAAUAUUUAUUGCCAUUUCCGAACGUUGAGUGCACAUUUCACAAGCUGCCGGAAUACAGAAUAUAACCUAUUUCUUUACAAAGAAUUCACAAAAAAGAUUAUUUUCAAUAAAUUAGAGUACAGCGGGAAUUUAUAAUCACAAUCGUGGAGUAAGUUUGUAAUAAUAUAUUUUUUAAAGCGCGUUAUAUGUACAUUAGUAUUUUUUAUAUUUUUAUUUGUUUGCACUACAUUCUUUUAGGCACUUAUAAUUUUAUUGCUUCAUGUUUUCAAUAUUUUUGUGAUUCUGUAUUCAGCUGCUAAAGUAAAAAUGUCACGAGAGUAUUGUAAUACUAUUAUUAUACAAUGGUAUAUAUUAUAUUUAUAAACAAUUUAGCAUAAGUUUUGAUAAAGUGAAUAAAACGCAAACAAAACGUGAAGUUAAACACAAGUUUUACAUAAGCUAUUUUAAACGUAAUUAUAUUAAUAUUUUCAUCAUUUCAUUUCGUUUAAAAUGUUUAUGUUCAAUUGCUGCAGUUUAAUGUUUGUGCUGUUUUCGUCAAGGUUUGGUUUAAAGGAACGUGAGGUUUGAAUAUUCGUUCAAUAUUGUUAUGUGAUAGAAGUCAUUGUAAUUAGUAUUAGCGAACAACAUGCAACAUGCAGUGUGUUCGAUUGUAACAUAACAUUUUAAUUAACUAAGUAUAUUGCAAAUUGUGUGCAUUUAAAAUUGCAUUUUUUCCAUUAAAUUAAACGAUUUUCAAGAUAGUGGCGUAUGUUGAAGUUUGUACACAACUUUGAACUUCAUUCCAUUGAAAAACAACGAUAAAAAUUGCGAGCGCAUCAUUUCCACUUUCUUUUUCUAACAUAAACGAUUUAAUGGUUUAAAUAAUACAACAUAUUUAUAUAUAGCUAUAUAGAUUUAUAUAUAUAUAACACAUAUGUGUUUGUUGGUACACACAUAAACACUUAAAGUAUGGAAGCUUGUAAUUUUUAAUUAUAAGUUAGAUAUUAAAAUUUUUGUAAAAAACCAUUCGAACGAAAAACGUUUCAUAUAACUGCUCUGUGUAGCGUGCUUUUGUGCAUAUAUAUGUCAAUUUGAAUAUUGUACGAUAUUUAUCAACGUGAAAAUAGUUAAAAUAUAGUUACAACUACGCGAUAUUAUAUACAUACAUGUUUAUAAUAAUAUUUUACAAAAUUUCUUAUUUUAUGACUAAUUAUUUUUGACAAUGAACAUGCUAGUGAUUUAUGAGUCGGUUACUGGAUUUUACUAGUAACUUUAUUGAAUUUAAUUUCAAAGAAAGUUGAAAUGUAACAGCUAUAUGACACUCUUAUCGUUAUCGAUACACUAAUCGACACAUACAUGUUUGCAAAUAAUGUUUCAAGUGUCAUAAUAUUAAAUACUAUUGCAGCACAAACAAUUAUAAUAAUAGUAAUCAGACUUGUAGACUUUAAACCCAUCGGAUUUUAUGACCCCAUUCAAAAGUUGCUGCACUUUUCGCGUAUUUAUAUUCAGUUUAAACAAUAAUAAAACUGUAUAAAUAUGUUCAAUGCGCACAGAUAACAUAAAAGGUGUUCCCCGUUGAGUUGUGUGUAGUGACUUGUCUUACAGGAAAGGCAGUAUAUUCAAUGUACAAGUGCAGGAAUGAUCGAUAUUAGAUAUUCUAUCAUUCUUGGUACAAGUGCGUACAAAAUAAUUGCUUGAACACUACUCGAAUCAUGCGGGGAAUUGCUGCUGGAGUGUCCGUCCUGAUUUUCUUUCUAGGCGAAUUUUAAAUUUUACAUUGAAUUCCAUAUUAGAUUUGGUUAAUAUAUUUUAUAAUAUUGAUUUACAUGACCCAUCACAUAAAAAUACGUAGUUAGAAAUGUAAAUGUAUACAAUGAGUUAAAAAAAGAAAAAACAAUAAGAAAAUAGCGUAAUAUUUGUGGUUGUGCGUAAAUCCUGUACGAGUAUGGUAAACUUAUAUGGAAAAAACCCUAACACUACUAUAACUACAUUAUGAACAAGCAAAUGUAAAGUUAAUAAAUAAUGUGUAAACACCCACAAAUGAUUUUUAACAAAUAUGCCACUAACAAUAUAUUAGUAAACUAUAUAUAAUAUGCAAAAGGUUAUGCGUUACUUGCGAAAAAUUCGUGCAACUUUAGAGUAAACGUUUGAAUGAAUUUAAUUAAGCAAUCCAACAUAAAUUGAAUAUGUAAACAACAUAUGGUUAAACGUUCUACACAAACCAAGCAUGAAAGAAGACAAUAAUCAGCUUCUCUGCUUAUACAAAACGGUGUACGAACUGCUGAGUGUGUAAGCUUGGAGUUAAACUCCUACGAACAUGUGCGUACUACACUUCUGCCAAAGCAUUAUGCAAGUUAGGAAGACACAAGUAACGUAAAUGGCAACAAAAUGUACUCAUUCUAUAAUUUGACAAACGGCUAUAGGUUUGUGUGACGAAUUAGUAACAAAAUCGCUUUAAGAAGUAUCACAAAACAGGGCAAUAACAAAAACAAUGUAUAUUUGAACAAAAAACAAUUUGUUUAAAUGCAAAGCAAGCAUACUAUAUUUGAACUUGAACAAAAGCAUUCAUACUAGUUCCAAACCCGCAGUAUGUUAUAUACUGGGCGUCGUUAUUAUUUAUACACAUUUAAAUUUAAUUUUUAAUUAAUUAAUGUUUAAUAUUUUUGUUUUAAUUGAAUUAAUUAUGAAUUAUGUGCUAUACUAAAAUAAAUUUGGAAGCCAAAUGGACUACUCUAUAUAAAUUUAAAUUAAAAUAACUGCCAAAAAAACACAUAAAUAUAUGCGUUUGAAAAUGAUCAGUUUUAAUGGUUUUUACACAACCAAUAACAAAAACUUCCCGAAAAAGCGUUUGACUUUGUACUAGCUGGUGGUUGUAUUUUAGUAUUGUUUAAAAGAUGUUUGAAACAUAAAUAAAAUAUAAUUUUAUCAACAGUUUAAUUAGAAACAAGUAAGGAAGGGCUAAGUUCGGGUGUAACCGAACAUUUUAUACUCUCGCAAUUUAUUUAUUUAACUUUAUAUUAUGAGUAUAUAAUUAAUAUUCGUCAUAUAUAUUGUAUAAAGUCCAUUGAAAGUUGGAAACCAUAAUAUUAGGUUAGAAGCACCGAGGUCCUCGUGUUCGAUAUAUGGGCCUUAAAAACCUAUGGUCCGAUUUCGGCGAUUUUUAGAAUGGGGCUGCCACACUAUAAACAUAGUAUUUGUGCAAAGUUCUGCACCGAUAUCUUCACUAGUGCUUACUUUAUAUAUUGUAAAGUAACCGAUUCAGAUCGUCUUCAAAGUUCUGGUAUAUGGGAAGUAGGCGUGGUUGUGAAGCGAUUUGGCCUAUUUUCAGAACAUAUAAUUGGGAUGCAAGGGAAAUAUUACAAACCGAAUUUCAUGGAAAUUGGUUGAGUAGUUUCGGAGAUAUGGUUUUUGACCCAUAAGUAGGCGGAACCACGCCCAUUUUCCAUUUUGUAAAAAAAUCUGAGUGCAGCUUCCAUCUGCCAAUUCUUGUGUGAAAUUUAGUGUUUCUGACGUUAUUCGUUGGUGAGUUAACCCACUUUUAGUACUUUUCAACCGAACCUUUGUAUGGGAGGUGGGCGUGGUUAUGAUCCGAUUUCUUUCAUUUUUGGACUGUAUUAAGAAUUGACUAAAAAAAAAGACUGCAGAAAGUUUGGUUUAUAUAGCUCUAUUGGUUUCCGAGAUAUGUACAAAAAACCUAUUUGGGGGCAGGGCCACGCCCACCUCCCCAAAAAAAUUACAUCCAAAUAUGCCCCAUCAUAGUGCGAUCCUUCAUACCAAAUUUUAUUUCCAUAGCUUUAUUUAUGGCACUUUAUGUGUUUUCGGUUUUCGCCAUUUUGUGGGCGUGGCAGUGGUCCGAUUUUGCUCUUAUUUUUCGAAAGCAACCUUCCUAUAGUGCCAAGAAAUAAGUGUUCCAAGUUUCAUUAAGAUAUCUUAAUUUUUAUUCAAGUUACAGCUUGCACAGACGGACGGACGGACAGACAGACAUUCGGAUUUGAACUCCACUCUUCACCCUGAUCACGUUGGUAUAUAUAACCGUAUAUCUAACUCGUUUAGUUUUGGGUGUUACAAACAACCGUUAUGUGAACAAAACUAUAAUACUCUCUUAGCAACUUUGUUGCGUGAGUAUAAAAAUCAGUAUUUUGAAUUUAUUUACAUUUUAUUAUAUUUAAUAUAAUUUCAAUUGAGUUUUUUUAAGGUUUAACAUAAAAUGAAAAGUAGUUUCUUGGCGUUUGAAAAGCUGCGCUGCAAAUUCAUGUAAUACACAGUAAUACUAGAAUAUGUGUUAUAUUCAAUGAUAAAUGUGUCAUUGCACUAUGCCAAUGAACACAACUAGAUAGAAUAAUUUGAAAUGUACACGCAGUUACACAUACAUGUAUGUAUGUAUGCAGUAUGCAGAUAAAAUGAAGCUUGUUUCAACAUUCAUUUCUCACUUAGUUGGCAUAUUGUACAUACUUUACUUUACUAUUUAGGGCAUAGAUAAAUUAGUUUUAUAAGAUCGGGCAUAAAAUCCCACAACAGAAGUCAACAAACAACAGCAACAUACUUAUAUAAGUUUCGAUGUGUGUACUCUAAAUGCUUGAUUAUAAGGGUUGCAUUGGAUAAAGUGGCUACAUAUUUUGUAGCUGUGCGGAAACUCUAGACCUUCGCAAAACUCGCAUUUAACACGCACAUACCUAUAUACAUAUACCAAUAAAAAAUCAUAUUUUAACCAUUGAUGACUUCUCUUUAUCUGUUAUAUUUUGUGAUUUACUUAUUUGAUUUUGUUUUGUUUGUGACAUAUAAAAGCGCAAUUAAAAAAAUUAAAUUAAAUCAAAUUAGUUUAUACAGCGGAUAAUAUUUGUGUUUACCAAAGAAGUUAAGAAAAUUAAAACAAUUUUUUUUUUUCAAAUAAAAUCUGCUGACCUCAACAAUUGUGAGUUUAUUCAAAUUUUAUUUGUCUUACUCCACAACACACAAUUCUCAUUUGUGGUACUAGGGUCAAUUUAUAACUAACGCCAGUUAAGCUGGCACUAGAUUUAAGCAUAAUAAAGUUAAUAAUAAAGAAAGUAUUUUAUUUUUUGUACACCAGCACAUUUUUGCGUUUUUAUAAAAAUUUUUUGUAAGGGUUAUGAAAUCGAUUCGUGCUUCCAACUUGAGUUUAGUUUUAUUUCCUUAUUAUGUAUUUCAUAUAUAUUUUAUAUGUAUGUUGAAGAGUGAAGACUGAUCAUGAAUAACAGGAUAUCAUCAGCAUCAGUACAGGUGCUACAAGUGUAUGUUCAAUUAAAUCAGUUAAAUCCCUAUUUUUCUGUGUUUUUUGUGAUUUUGUUUUUGCGAUUUGUGACACGCAAUAUUGCAUAUUUUCUAAAAAAUGAAAUGUAAUGAAAAAUUGUCUUAAAACAUAUCCUAAAAGCAUACAAAUCUAUUGCACGGUAACUACAAACGUUUACAUAAAAAACUUGUAAAAAAUUCGAAUUCCGUUAUUUGCGUGUAGUAAUAUUUUGUGAACAAUCGCUUUACAUUGUAGUAAUGUUUAGUAGACAAAAUGAAAUGAAAUUCGUUAAUGAUUUCUCUAUGUAAAUUGUAUGUAGUGCAAAAUAUGUAUGUAGUUCUACGUACACAAGUACAUUAAAUUAUGAAUCAAUCAGUUCAAUCGAAUACAAAAUCAAAUAGCUGAAGUUCAAAUCAGCCUUGGGUUAUAUAAAAAUAUCAGCUAAAUACCAAAAAGGAGAUUUCUUAUGUAUGUGGAAGGGUGGCAUUGGCACACUCUUUGCAGAAGUGUUCACCAAUAACUACAGUUGCAACAAAGCGUAGAACUAGGUCAGAUGAAACAAAAACAAAAAAAUAAUAAAGGAAAUUAAAUACAAAACAAAUUGUGUAAUAAAAAGUCAAAAAUGAAUAAAAAUGUGAGUACAUAUAUCUAAUUAAUUCAUAAAAACAUAAAAUAUUAUAUAAUGAAUGUAAUUGUAUUUUAUGUAUAUGUGUGUGUGUAAAAUAUUCUUUUAAAAGCUACAAUAAAAGUGGAAUAGAAAUUUUCGUUAUUAUUAUUACAGAGUAAUGAAUACGAAUGCAGGUGCGCUGGUUCGUUGUUGUUGUUGUUGUAGCGGUUGACCAAACCUGUUGAAUCGGUAAGCCUAAAGUACCUUAAAAGGGAACGAGUUGUUUCGACAGGGUCGGCCACGGGAAUGGGGUGUUAGAUGAGUGGAAUUUAGGGGCAUGAGGGGACUCUUUGUAUGCAGGACAUAUAUUGAGUAUGUCGUGGUUCAGUCUGGAUAAGUAGAAGUUUAACCUGCUACAGUAUCCAGAACGAAGUUGCGCGAAAGUCACUAUAAUUUCACGAGGCAACUUGAGCUCUGUGUCUGCGAUGGGUGAUGUAUCUCCAAGUACGCCAUUCAUAUGGAGUGAGUCGAUGGAGAUGUCAAUGGGUUCUAUGAGAAAUGCGUUCAGUGCUUGUCGAAAGUCUGUCGCAUCCGUAGUCCGGUCGGUAGAGUACUGUAGGUCGUCAACGUAUUUGCGGAAGGUACUCUUAAUGUACUGUUCUGGGAGGCGCAUCGGUUUCCAAUAGAUGAUUGCAAGAAUGAUUUUUACGAAAGCUGCCCGGAUAGUGGUAUUCCGACAAGUCUGAAGCUUGCCCAGCUAUAUCUAUAUAUAUUAUAUUAGGUUGGCAAAUAUCUCCCUUCCGCCUUUUGGUCUUUUGAAUUUGGCGGCUAUGUAUGAAGCGCUACAGAGCUCGUAUCUGGCAAUUCUAUACAUCUUUGAAAUGUCUUGACAUAACCUACAAAACGACGCUAUGCAUGAUUAGUUCGGAUAUUACAUUCUACAGUUAUAGACGUGUAAACAUGGAGCUCGCUAACGCCGAAAUUCGCGCUAUUUUCCUUCAUUAAAGGCAAAUCCUUUAGAGAAACAUUCCAUGAGAUUAAUGAUGUUUUGGAGGACGGUACUCUAUCACUUCGAACUGCGGAGGAAUGGUUUCGACGAUUCAGAGCAGGUGAAAACGACACCAUGGAUAAGCCAGCCCGCGGGAUACACAAAAAGGUUUGAUGUUUGGGUGCCGUAUGAUUUGACGCAAAAAAACCUUCUGGACCGAAUCAACGCCUGCGAUGAAACGGAACGAACUCGAUCCAUUUUUGAAGCGGAUGGUAACUGGCCACGAAAAAUUGAUCACAUACGACAGUGUCAAGCGAAAACGGUCGUGGUUGAAGGCCGUUGGAUCUCAAACAAUGGGCAGGUCGGGAUUGACGGCCAAAAAAAAAACUGCCAAAAGUAGAGAUGCGUGACGCGGUGCUAUGGACUCGGAUAUAACCGCGUAAGCGCUGUCUACGCCACUCAAGAAGAAGAAGAAGAACAUUCGAGAAUUGCUAACUUAAUUUCAAUUUAUUUGGCCAACUCACAAAGGGUUACGUCUGCAAUGAAAAUAAAGGUGAGUACGAAACUUUGAAUAAUAAUUAGUACGUUAGUUUGGCAGGCCGCAAAGCCAUGCAUGUGACUUUAGCCUAGCGACUACGUUACACGUAGCCCUAUUUCUACGUUGAUACGGAGCUCGGGUGAGGCGAUUAAAUUUGUGUGAAGAUUCACCUUGAGCACCCUCAAAUCUCGGUUUUGUAACAUCAGAGUUCUGAGUAGGUGCCUUCUUCGCCACCUAUAGGACUAGUGAAGUCGCCACGAUCUCUUCUGUACCGAAAUGGAGAAGGAUCUCCACCAAUUUCCAACGUGUUCUCGUAUAGGUUUCUAAGCGUCCACUAGAUGAGGGCUUUCAAUAGCUUUUUUCCACCACUCCAUGGACAUCUGUCACAGCGUAUUACUGUGGUCAUUCAGUGCCACGAUCAAAUACUGUUUCGCAAUCUCACUGGCUGCCGCCGCUGCCAUGGACGUUGUCAGUUGAUCAUCCGCAAGCAUAACGUGGCCCUGCCCCCAAAUAACACCUUGCAAUCAAAAAAGCUUUCUGCAAUCACUUCCCUUACGUACCCCAUUACAUACCAUAAAAAUAGGUGAAAUCGGAUAAUAACCACGCCCACUCACUAUACGAAGGUUAUGUUGAAAAUUACUAAAAGAGCGUUAACUCACUAACGGAAAACACCAGAAACACUAAAAUGUACUGAAGAAAUGGCAGAAAAAAGUUGCACUCAAAUCUCAAGAACUACUUGACCGAUUUCAAUUAAAUUCGUUAUAUAUUUUCUGAUCCUGAUAACACGGAUACAAAAUGGGCGAAAGCGGUUCACAAUCACGAUAACUCAAUAACUCAUUUUUGAAUUCCAUUUCAUUCCUCCACUUUAUAAUGUAUACAUAAGGAACCAAUGAAGAUAUCGGAAUAAAACUGUAUACAAAUAGUACAUAUGUAUCAUCUGUGGCAUCAAUUGUGAAAAGUCGAAAACGGACCAUAACAUUUCAAGACCCCAGAUAUCGAACAUGUUGAACUCAGCGCCUAAGGGUAAAUUUUAAUCGAAAAUAUGGGUUAAUCUCUCUGAUAAUUUAAUGUAAUUCAGAGGAAAUUGUUUUCUUCAAAUAGUGUGUCUCUGUUCCAAAAAUUAUUAAAAUCGGGUUAUAACAUCCCUAGCUCCCAUAUACCUAAUUAUAGGUUUUAUUCCGCAUAUAUGUAUUGGUUAAUGUGUGAGAUAUCUUAGCAAAAUUAAGUGAGCGUAUAUUGGAUAUAGUGUACCUUGCUGGUGAAAAUUAAUGAAAUCGGUUCAGGAAUCACCUCAGCCCUCAUCUCUAUACAUGAUGAUUUUCGUUAUUAUACUCUCGCAACAAAGUAAAGAGCAAAGAGAGUAUUAUUGUUUUGUUCACAUAACGGUUGUUUGUAACACCCAAAACUGAACGAGUUAGAUAUAACGUUAUAUAUACCAAAGUGAUCAGGGUGAAGAGUGGAGUUCAAAUCCGGAUGUCUGUCUGUCCGCCCGUCCGUCCGUCUGUGCUAGCUGUAACUUGAGUAAAAAUCGGACCACUGCCACGUCCACAAAAUGGCGAAAACCGAAAACACAUAAAGUGCCAUAAGUAAGCCAUAAAUAAAGCUAUGGAAAUAAUAUUUGGUCCAAAGGAUUGUUCUAGGUAGGAGCAUAUUUGGAUGAAAUUUUUUUUGGGAAAGUGGGCAUGGCCCCGCCCCCUACUAAGUUUUCAAUGAAAUUUGGUUUGUAAUAUUUUCCUUGCAUCCCAAUGACAAUAGGCCAAAUUGGUUCACAACCACGCCUACUUCCUAUAUAUCUUCCUAAAAAUCGCCGAAAUCGGACCAUAGGUUUUCAAGGCCCCAUAUAUCGAACAUGAGAACCUCGGUGCUUCUAACCUAAUAUUAGGGUUUCCAACUUUCAAAGGACUUUAUACCAUAUAUAUGACGAAAAUGUAGGUCAAAUUGUCUAUUAUAUAAUAUUAAAUAAAUAUAUUACGCGAGUAUAAAAUGUUCGGUCACAACCGUACUUAGCCCUUCCUUACUUGCUCUAUUAAACUUUAUGCCGAAUUUAUGGGUAAAUUUGUGUGUUAUGUAAAUAAAAUGUCUUCAAUAAAUUGCGAGAGUAUAAAAUGCAGAGAAGAUAAAUAAAUAGCUUCAAUAUUUAUGAAAAGGGGUUUGUCGGAGAUUGUCAAGUGGGUUUUUUCAUUUCUAUAGCUACUUGGAUAGGUUAUUUGGACAAUAGAGGAUUUUGCAAAAAUCUAUUUUUAACUUACACUGCAAUUUUAAACCUACAACUUAUGUACAACAGGCUUAGAGUGAAAUCUUUUUCAGUAUUAUGCAUCUGUUUAUUUGCUUUAUACAUAACACUGCCAAAUUUAUUUGAUAAUAAGCUUUUUAUUUAAAAAAAAAGAAUAAUCUUAGGCCUUGACCUGAAGGGAGGCAUCUUUGCUUUUUAACAUAGACUUAGACUUCUAUUUUAAGGAAAAGCUAAGCAUUCUAGAUAAAAGAGACAUUGCUAACAAAAACAAGUAAGGGCAGGGCUACGCCCACUUCCCCCAAAAAAUUACAUCCAAAUAUGCCCCUUACUAGUGCGAUCCUUUAUUUGAAAUUUUACUUUCAUAACUUUAUUUAUGGCUUAGUUAUGACACUUUAUGUGUUUUCUGUUUUCGCCAUUUUGUGGGCGUGGCAGUAGUCCGAUUUUGCCCAUCGGAAAGCAACCUUCCUAUGGUGCCAAGAAACAAGUGUGCCAAUUUUCAUCAAGAUAUCUUAAUUUUUACUCAAGAUACAACUUGCACAGACGGACGGACAGACAGACAUCCGGAUUUCAAAUCUCUCGUCAUCCUGAUCAUUUUGAUAUACAUAUGUAACCUUAUAUCUAACUCGUUCAGUUUUAUGAUUUACAAACAACCGUUAUGUGAACAAAACUAUAAUACUUAGCAACUUUUGUUGCGAGAGUAUAAAAAUAUUGAUUCUAAUGUACAAAAUAGCGUUGUAACUGUAAAUCCAAAUUUAGAGCUAAAUAGAAAAGAUUCGUCAAUUCUCAUUUCGUAUAAACGCCAUUAUAAGGGCUAAGUUCGGGUGUCACCGAACAUUUUAUACUUUCGCAAUAUAUUUAUUUAAUUUUAUUAAAAUAACACACAAUUUGACCCACAUAUUCGUCAUCGUUGGAAACUCUUAUAUUUAUAGUAUUUUAAGCACGGAGACAUAUUAUUAAAUGAAAGAUAUUCCCUCCGAAUUUCUUCAAAAUAUAUUUAAGGUAAAAAAAAAUUAGAAGCCCUGAGGUCUACAUGUUCGAUAUAUGGGGCCUUAAAAAUGUAUGGUUCGAUUUCGACGAUUUUUAGAAGGGCGAUGCCACGCUAUAAAUGUAGUAUUUGUACAAAGUUCUGUUCCGAUAUCUUCAGUAGUGAUUACUUUAUAUAUUGUAAAGUAAACGAUUCAUAUCGACUUCAAAGUUCUGGUAUAUAGGAGGUAGGCGUGGUUGUGAACCGAUUUGGCCUAUUUUCAGAACAUAUAAUUGGGAUGCAAGGGAAAUAUUACAAACCGAAUUUCAUUGAAAUUGGUUGAGUAGUUUCGGAGAUAUGGUUUUUGACCCAUAAGUAGGCGGAACCACGCCCAUUUAAAAUUUUGUA